AAUAUCACUGCUCAAGUUCCGGUAAAUAUAGUUCAAUCGAUAGAAAUAUUACGAUAUAUAAAAAUUUAAAUUCAACCCUAAGAUUUCUUAAAUUUUGAUCAUUAAACUAAUUGAAAAAAAUAAUAUCACAACUCAUUAAUUAUUACAUUUAUAGUUAGGUUGGUUUAUUUAAGUAGAGCAAAUAGCUCAGUGAACUUCACACUCUCCACUUUCACUACCGAAAGCAAUGUCUCCAAACAAAGCUUUCAUCUUCUUGGCUCUUUUGUCCUUUUCACCACAACUCUUUCUCAGUUUUUCUUCUGCUGAACAAGAUAAUGGCCUUCUCAUGAAUUACUACAAAGAAUCAUGCCCUCAAGCUGAAGAAAUCAUCAAAGAACAAGUCAAACUUCUCUACAAACGCCACAAGAACACUGCUUUCUCAUGGCUCAGAAACAUUUUCCAUGACUGUGCUGUUCAGAGUUGUGAUGCUUCUUUGUUGCUGACAUCAACAAGAAGAAGCUUGUCUGAGCAAGAACAUGACAGAAGCUUUGGUUUGAGGAAUUUUAGGUACAUUGAUACCAUCAAAGAAGCUCUUGAAAGAGAGUGUCCUGGAGUUGUUUCUUGUUCUGAUAUUCUUGUUCUUUCUGCUAGAGAUGGCAUUGUUUCGCUAGGAGGUCCUUAUAUUCCUUUGAAAACAGGAAGAAGGGAUGGUAGAAAGAGCAGAGUGGAUCUGUUGGAGGCUUACCUUCCUGACCACAACGAGUCUAUUUCUGCUGUUCUUGACAAGUUUGGUGCCAUGGGAAUUAACACUCCUGGUGUUGUUGCUUUGCUUGGAGCACACAGUGUUGGUAGAACACAUUGUACAAAAUUGGUGCACCGUUUAUACCCAGAAGUUGAUCCAGCUUUGAACCCAGAACACAUUCCACACAUGCUAAAGAAGUGCCCUGAUUCAAUUCCUGACCCCAAGGCCGUGCAGUACGUUAGAAACGACCGUGGCACGCCGAUGAUUCUAGAUAACAACUACUACAGAAAUAUCUUGGAUAACAAGGGUCUAUUGAUAGUGGAUCAUCAAUUAGCACAUGACAAAAGAACUAAGCCUUAUGUAAAGAAAAUGGCUAAGAGUCAAGACUAUUUCUUCAAGGAAUUCUCAAAAGCUAUUACAUUGCUUUCUGAAAACAAUCCUCUUACUGGCACAAAGGGUGAGAUUAGAAAGCAAUGCAGUGUUGCUAACAAGCAGCACCAUGAAGAGCCUUGAAUGAAUUUCAUGGUUGAAGAAAUGUUCUGUAAUAUAUUAUGCAGAAAUAAAAGUGUUUUCCUUUAGAAGGGUUGGUUGGUUGGGUUAAGGAGCCUGCCUAGAACACUUCUAGGGUAGCUCACCGUUUGAGCCUUGCCUAGUUGUGGUGCUCAUAGGGAUUGGAGAACUUAGAUGCUUUUUAAUUUUUAAUCUUCUUUGAGAUGUAACUUUGGCUUUUAUCUCUUUAUUUAAAUUUACUAUGUAGCUCAAUGUUGAGCAUGUUGAUGAUGUGAUAUUGUAAUAUUUCAUGUGAUGUGGUCCAUGGAUUUGGAUGGCAUAGUGACAAUGUUUAUGAUAUUUGUGCUCA